GCACGGGCCUGGCACCGUCUGCCUCACGGCCCGUGGCGACGGGCCGGACUUGGUAGUUGGCUCUGUGGGGUGUGCGGGUGUGGUGGACAGUUGUCUCCUUUGUGCCCACUCCCCUUGGGCUGGUCGCCUCACUGAGCAGCUCUUGUGUCGUCUCUUUCAACUCCAGCAUCCCAUCCAUUAACCUGAGCAGCUGCAAGUACGAGAGCGGUAAGUCCGAGGAUGCGGCCCCAAGGAUGGAGCCAGCCUGCAGCAAGCCGUGCAGGUUCAGCUGGCGAGGUGGGCUGGUAUUGAAUUUCCACUGCAGAGUCACCUCUGUGUUAUGUGUUUACUGCUUGUGAGCGACUUGGAUCCCUGUGAAUAUUCUCCACUGUGGGCUGAGGAGCUUUGUGCUUUAAAGAGACCCAAGCUGCACAGCAGCAUUGCAAGCCCUCACCACCCUCCGUUCCUGUAUGUGCCACACUCCUGCUAAAAUUGUGCGUCGUGCUGCGCUGUGCUGCGGGCUGAGAGAAGCGGGAGAAAACGAGGAGUGGACGGUGUACUGGACUGACUGCUCUGUCUCUCUGGAACGUGUGAUGGAAAUGAAGCGGUUUCAGAAAAUCAACCAUUUUCCUGGCAUGAUUGAGAUCUGCCGGAAGGAUUUGUUGGCUCGCAACCUCAACCGCAUGCUCAAACUCUUCCCCAAGGAAUACAAUAUUUUUCCCCGCACGUGGAGCCUGCCAGCUGACUACGGGGACUUCCAGGCCUACAGGCGCAGGAGGAAGAACAGAACGUUCAUCUGCAAGCCCGACAGCGGCUGCCAAGGCCGAGGCAUCUUCAUAACACGCGACCCAGGGGAGAUCAGGCACGGAGAGCACAUGAUCUGUCAGCAGUAUAUCUCUAAGCCUUUCCUUAUUGAUGGCUUUAAGUUUGACAUGCGUGUCUAUGUGCUGGUCACAUCUUGUGACCCACUGAGGAUUUUUGUCUACAAGGAGGGUCUGGCCCGGUUUGCCACCAUGAGGUACAUCGAUCCCAGAAGGAGAAACCUGGGUGACAUCUGCAUGCAUUUGACCAAUUAUGCUAUCAACAAACGUAAUGCAAACUUUGUCCAGGAUGACACGAUGGGCAGUAAGAGGAAACUCUCCACCCUGAAUGCCUGGAUGAUGGAUAACAGCUACAACACAACAAAACUCUGGGAAGAUAUUGAAGAUAUAAUUAUAAAGACUCUUAUUUCAGCUCACCCUGUGGUGAAGCACAAUUACCAAAGCUGCUUUCCUAACCACACUACCAGCUGUGCCUGUUUUGAGAUACUGGGUUUUGAUAUUUUGCUAGACAGAAAUCUGAAACCUUGGCUACUAGAGGUGAACCACUCUCCCAGCUUCACCACAGACUCUCACCUGGACCGUGAGGUGAAGGAUGCUCUUCUCUUUGACACCAUCAACUUGAUAAAUGUGCACGCCUGUAGCAAAAGGAAAGCGAUGGAGGAAGACAAACAGCAGGCAAAGGAACGACUCCUGCAGGCUCAUCGGUCUCCUCGUGUGUCCAGACAUGAGGAGGCAGAGAGCAGCCAGGCAGCCUGGCUCUCAGAGGCAGAGGACUAUGAGAACUCCCACCUGGGCAGCUACCGGCGCAUUUACCCAGCGUGUGGCACUGACAAGUAUGAGCCGUUUUUCAAGCAGAGCAGCUCCCUCUUCAAGGAGACUGCAUCGUCCCGAGCACGAGAGGAGUGUACCAGGCAACAACUGGAAGAAAUUCGCAUGAAGAAAGAAAAGUUAGAAGCUGUUAACAGCAAGAAGAAAAAAGAGAGGAAGGAAGGGCUGCAGGGAGAGUUGCCCGCAGACAAAUCCAUGAUCCACAACAAAACCUCAGCUUCUGCAACCCACUUCACCUACAGAAGCACAAAGAUGUGGGAUAAAAAGACAGAGCACGUGCAGUAUGACUCCAUGCAGCCUCAGGAUAUUCUGGAAAAUGAAGAGAAGAAAAGAGUGAAUGCUCUUGCAAGGCGUAAGAACCUUAUCCAAGGCCUGGGCAUCGUGGAUCAGCUCUCCCAGCUGCUUCCCACAACUGAGAGAUCAUCUGACAGCCACAGACCCUGCGCUGUUACCUCUGAGAUCCAGACGCAGUUUCUUUGGGACGCACCGCAGGCACAGCAGCCUGCCCCCUUGAUGACCAUCAUCCCCCUCUCGUUCCCAAGAGGCACCGUGUGGCCUUCAGGACGGCCGUGUGCUCGUAACCACAGCACCGGGGCACAGCUGCUGGCUGGCCAGCACCCUGCCCCAGGCAUGCUGUUGGUUCGAGGGCAGAGCAUCCCUUUCCGAGAGCAGCACACGGUGCAAUGCAGCGCCCAGCCCCAGGACAGGGGCAACUCGUGGAGCCGGGCUGCAGAGCCAGCAGCAGCUACCCAGCCCUGCACUAAAACCGGGGGAAGGCCGAUGAGCGCCUGGCAGCUCUCUGCAGCCAGAAACGAGGCGGAAGGAUGUGACGUCGGGCGGCCGCUCUGCGCAGGCAGCGCUCACCGCGGUUCGUUGGGAUGCCCGGCCCGUGCAGGCAAGGCCACGGGUGAUGGCGGCUUCAGCGGUGCGGCAGCACGGCGGCUCCUCGUAGCCUCUGCCGCUCUCGUGCUGCACACGCGCUGCGCCAGCGCCAUGAAUUUACGCGACGUGAGCAGCACAGAGCACGGAGGCGGCGGGCAGCGGCGCGGCUGCGGCGGGUGCUGGGCUCGGAGCGCGGCGCCCCCGAGCGGACGCUGACCUGGGAGGCGAUGGAGCAGAUGCGGUUCCUGCGGCAGGAACUGCCCGAAGAGUGGCCGCUGGAGCGCCUGGCCGAAGGCUUCGGCGUCAGCCCCGACGUGGUGCGCCGGGUGCUGC